AUGUCGUCGGUGAGACUGGGACGUUCACAACAACAACACAACAAAGGGAAAAGGCCUGUUCGUCCCAGGAAGGCAGCAGCUCCCAGGAGAGAGUGGGUGAGCACCGUCAGUGACCUGUCUGUGCACAAGCUGACCCCUGCAGAGCUGAGUCAUCGGCAUGAGAUUCACAAGUCGCACAACAAGGCCGCGGCUCAGUGGGAGCUGAGAGAGAAAGCUCUGGCACGCCGCCUUGGACCUGGCAGGAGUCCUGCACAUCUGGACCCCGCCAGCCUCAGCAUCAUCAGGGAGGUCUUCUCAGACCAGCUGCUGCUGCAGGAUGUGCUGGCCCGCUCGGACAGAGCCAUGGCUGUGGUCAAGGAUUUGUUUGGAGAUGCUCCACGCAGGCACACUGGGCAUCCGAGUGUGACCAUGGCUCCAAACUGUGACUCUGACUCAGAACUGCCUGUUCUCCAGAGACCAGAUCCUCCGACUCAGCUGUGCCUCCUCAGCCAGUCUAUGAUGGACCAGCAGGCUCUUAAUGAACUUCAAGACUCAGAGGAAGACCACAGUGAUGAAGAUGCAAAUCCCUCUGGCCGUUCAAACUAUCAUGUAAUCAGAAGGACCAAUGUGACUAAAACGAAGGCGCCCUCUCGGGGGAAAGUGAACCAGCAGCAGAAAGCCCAACGUCCCGUCUCUGACCAUGGAGACAGAGAUCAUGUUCUUUCAACCCCUUGUACAUCAGGGAGAGCACCAGAUCAAACGGCUCUUAAUGCCACGUUGGCUGUUCAGCGUGUUUGGACCAGACCGAGCCGACCAGAGGAAGACGAGGAGGAACCGUCUGUCCUGGUUUCUCAGGUGCUGAACCCUGACAAGCCUCUCAGCCAGUCAGGAAGGAUCCGCACUAGAACCAGCAGGACCAGGAAGUGUAUUUCUCUGAGCUCAGCGCUGAACGGCUCCAGUGUUGCUUCUCUCAGUGGGAACCAGUCGAGUCUGGGUCUGCUCCAGUCCAUGUUGGGUCAGGUGGAGGCCGACUUGGAUACGAUGAGUCCUGACACAGAACCAGGAUCAGCACAGAGUCCAAACCAGCACAGAACACAAGGCCUCACUGGGUUCUCUGUUGCACUGAUCUCCACGGUCGGACGCUUAGUUCACCACCUCAAAAAGAGGGACGAGAACGUUCAUAAAGAGUCUGAGGAGAGGAGAAAGCUGGAGGAGGAGCUGAGAGCGCAGCGCGGCCUGAUCGAUGCUCUCACUGCAGAGACCAUGACUCUGAGAGAGGAGGCUGCCGCCCUGCAGGCAGGGCUGCUGCAGCGGACCACAGAGCUGGAGCAGAAGCUGGAUGCAGUAGUGUUGUUGAUUGGGGGACUUGGACUCCUGGAGGCACACACGGACCCCCCCCGAGACCCUGAUGUCAAAGCUGCAGCUUGUCAGUCCUUGCUCGUUCCUGAGCGAAUACAAGCAUCUGCUUCUCCCGCCUUCCUGCUCUCUCCACCUCGACAGAGCGACAACUGGCAACAUAUUCCUGUGACUCAGCCCGUACCAUCGCAGCAGCUUCUUCCUUUAGAUGACCUCUGCUCCUUUGAGGACGUCCCGGCCCUGUUCUCAGCUUCCAGCCUCACCAGCCGUCCCUCGUCUUCCUCACUCUCACUGACGUCCUGCGACCCGCUCAGCUCUCAGAUCCCUCCAGAGGCCUUGCUGGCAGAGAUCGCUCAGCUGAGCAGGCAGAACGAGCUGAUAUGGGCCCAGCUGAGUCAGGCUAAGAGCCUGAGCUCCGGUGGCGGAGUAUCGCCCAACAGUAGCAUCGAGCAGAGGAGACCCAGCUCUGGCAGCAGUGGAAGAAAUCCCCCUCAGAGCGUUGGAGAGAGGAGGACGUCCGGGUCCAGCAGCUCACGGAGACGGAGCCAGAACAUCCAGGUCGCUGAUGGACACAAAGCCACUCGUCAGACGACCCCUCCUAACGACCCCAGUGUGAGCACGGUGGAACAGCGCCUUCUAGAGCUCAACAGGCAGAGUGCAGCAGCAAGGGGUCGCCUGUUGGAGCUUAUUGAGCAACAGAAACACAACGUUUCUUCCAAAGUUUCUCCUUCUGUCUCCCCCAUCCCUACGUCUGCCUUGAGCCCACAAACAGCAGCCGGAGGAAGUCCAGACGUGUCCGUGCUGCCGCCCUCACAGGAGCUUCAGUCACAGGCCGGUGGUGAGAGACGAUCUGCUGGUUCUGAAGUGUCUUCUCACAGAUAUGAAGGAGAAACCAGAGGUGGCAAAACACAGAUGGAGAAGCAGAGGGAGAGAGAAGGCUGGUUUUCUCUGUCAGCUCAUGUCAUAUGAUUCAUUAUUCACCCUGAGAAA